UACCACAAAAAGAAAGCUCUAUCUAAACAAACCAAAAACAACUGAAAAUUUUUUUUUAAAAAUAUUUUUUUCUUAGUUUCUGUUAUAAAAUUUUGUAAAUGAGAAAGUUGAUUAACCACCAGGGGCGGACUGACCAUUUGGGUACUCGGGCACUGCCCGAGGGCCUGGGGGUCAGUAGGGUGCCCCAUGAGAUGCCCCUGGUACCUUUUUCAUAGGCUUUUUUUGAGUUUGGGCCCCAUGACACAGGACACAGGGGCCCCAUGAUCCCCUAUUGCCCGGGGGCCCCAU